AUGGAGGAUGGUUUUACGUCAACGAAUACUCUUCUUGUAUCGUUGUGCGAGCGUGAACACAUCUUCUAUGGUGCUGGCCAGAUACCUGCUAGAUUGCCCCAAGGUGAUGGUGUGAUCGACUGGUCAUGCCGUGAUCGUGAAGCAGCGUGGAUAUGCUCGGCAGCACGACGUCUGUGCCUGUGCGCUGACUCGUUCACGCUCGCUGUUGCAAUUCUCGACCGGGUCGUCUAUGGUACAAGAGUUCUGACCAAGUAUGUGAACUGUGUGGCAGCAGCAUGUCUGUCAUUAGCCAAGAAGUUAUGUGAAGAUCACGAAGAAGAUGCAUCUUUGUACUUGCAAAGACUUCGACUGUCAUAUAGUUCAAGAGAGUUGAAACGCAUGGAAUUGCGAAUUCUGGAUCUUCUUGGCUGGGACGCCUACUUGCCAUCGUUUGAUCGGUUUCUCGUCGCUCUGCUAAAACCAAUGUGUGGUCAGUGGUUGAUGUCACCACUGAGAUCGCAUAUCGAAGCGAUUGUGUGCGACUCAUCAGUGAUGUCUCAGUUCGCCCCUUCGACUUUGGCGCUGUCUGUAGUGAGCCUCCUAAUUGAAGCGACUAGUAGGCAGUGGAUGUCGGCAAUUCAAGUGCAGAUUAAACUAUGUAAAGUGAGUUAA